AUAUUUUAAAAAUGGCGGUGGACCUCGGUCCACACCGACCGUCGUGUGAUUUAUCUGUUGUUUUUGCGUUCUGCCGCCGUUAAUCUCGCGCAUGGAGGCCGGUGUGACGUCACGAUGAGCGGCUGAGACGAACCGGAUGCCGCGCGUGAACCGGACGGUGGUUUUAUACCUGCUGCUCAUCAGCAGCUCCGUGUUUCUACUGUUUCAGCUCUACUACUACCGGAAGUACGUCAGCAAGCCUGGUCCUCAUAUCCUGAGCCGGACGGGUCAGCUGACCUCCAGCGACGUCCAGUGGCUCACGGUGAAGUCCUUCCUGGCCUUGGCUCGUCGGUUCCGGAUGCCGCUCUUCCUCAUCGACACGGCCGUGCUGUCGCUGCUCUCCCAGGAUGCUUUGCGGCAGAGGGACCGUCUGGUGCCGGAGCCACACUGCGGCUUCCUGUGCACCGACCGACCAAUCACAGCCUUCGCUCUGCAGGCCAACCAAUGGAAGUACGACGUGGCCCUCCCAUUGGCUGCUGAACAGAAAGGCUUUGAACUCCUGGAGCUGAGAGGAGAAGACCCCCGACUGGCCAGUCUGGACACGCUGUCAGGAGACGACAUCCCACUGCACUUCCUGUUCCGCCUCCACGGAUACGUCAUCCAGGUGGUGUUCCUGUAUGAGCGCAGCGGGAACUACCUGUGGCACGGAGCGCUCCGCCUCCACGCCGACAUGGACCGAAGCUUCGCCGCGUUCAAACAGCUGGAGUACGGACGCCACGCAGGAGCGUACGACAGGCCUGAACUCGUCCUCACCGUCCUCGAUGGCCUCGACGUUCGGAUCCCGCGCAACGUUACCCGCUUCCUGUCUGAGCAGAGACACGCCCGUUUCCUGGAGUGCCGUUACCGUGACGCCCGCAACUUCCUGCAGCUUUAUCCUGAUGACUCGUCUCCAGACGCCGUCGACUUUCGGCGUAAAGUCAAACAGCUGCUCCAUCUCGCCGCUCGAACGCUCGCUCGCAUCAACGUCCCGUUUUGGCUCAGCAGCGGCACCUGCCUCGGCUGGUUCAGGCAGUGCAGCGUCAUCUCCUACAGUCGAGACGUGGACAUCGGCAUUUUCAUCGCAGAUUACAGACCUGACAUCAUCAGCGCCUUCACCGACGCCGGCCUCAAACUCAAACACAAGUUUGGAAAGGUAGAGGACAGUCUGGAACUUUCCUUCCUGAGUUUCGACGUCAAACUGGACAUUUUCUUUUUCUACGACGACGGAGACGUGAUGUGGAACGGAGGAACGCAGGCCAAGAGCGGCAGGAAGUUCAAGUACGUGUUCCCGCCCUUCUCGCUCUGCUGGGCGGAGCUUCUGGAGCUCAAAGUUCGCGUCCCGUGUGAGACCGUGGACUACGUGACGGCGAACUACGGCGCGUCCUGGAGCGUCCCCGUCCGCACCUGGGACUGGAAGACGUCACCUAGCAACGUGAUGGAGAACGGGGUGUGGCCUCCAGGAGAGUGGGCAGAGCUUAUCCAGGUUUACUGAAAAUACCAAUAAAAACCUGAAAAGAA